GAAACUCACCCCAAACCCAACCGGGCCGGGGGAGGAAGAGCCGAAGAGGAUGCGGUUUGCGCGAAGCCUGCUGCUUUAGACAAGCCAGCUACUCAAAAUGGGCAGGACAGACAAAAAAGGUCCAUCACAACGCUCAGAGGGCACCCAAUUUUAGUGUUUUCGAACCGCAUUCCCGACGCUUUAAUAGGGCAGGGCCACUGACUUGCGAGAGACGACUUUGGAUGCUUGUUGGCCCCGAGCAUGAGCACAGAAAGAAAGACGAUGGGCAGCAAUCUGGUGGGCAAGUUCACGCAAAGCGUUCGCCGCAUCGUCCAAGAUGUCAAGGACGAGGGAACGGCGAGUGGUAUGUCAAAAGAAGAGGUGAUAGAGCUCAACGAGCGGCUGCGAAUGGUGCGGAUUCGCCUUGAAGAUUCGUAUGAUACUGCCAAGCGCUCGCUCGUCACCCUCAACUCCAAGUACACCGACUCGAAAUCGGUGCGCAACGUCUUCCACAGAUACACCCUUCUCAAAAUAAUGAUCAAGGAUGUGAUUCGACUGGAGACGCAGUACUGGACGUUGGUGGACAUCCCGAAGCAAGAGAAGCUGGAAACAGUGCCUGCUUUUGUGCUUCGGGCCUGCUCAAUCAUGGAGAAGACUCAAAAGUCGGGCGAAAGUGUCAAGGCUUCAGCUCGCAUGGCCGAGGAGGAGGAAAAGAAGCGCGAACGCAGAGACAGGCUCGAAGACAUGACGAUAGCGCAAAUUGAGGCGGAGAACACGCAGCUGACCAACGACCUGUACCGGCUGCUGAAGAAAUACUCCGGCCUGAGAAAUUUGAUUCGCGAGCUCAAGUCGGAAUACCUCAACAGCAAGAUGUACCCAAUCUUCAUUCGGUACACCAUCCUCAAGGACAUGAUCAAAAUGGUGAUGCACGACCCCGACUUCAUGGAGGUGUGUCACGAGGUCGACUGAUAAUGACCUCCGUCGGAGGACACGCGCUGCCAGAGGUUGAGUUGAUUUAGAGUGUAGGGUGCUUAUGCGUUUCAGCACGGAAGCAAAUCUAUCUCUCUCUCUCUCUCUCUCAGACACGCAGAAUGGAAAUUUUCGCAAAAUACACAAAGCUGCCAGAAAUGUACAAAUUUCCAAUGGCGCUGCUGCUGGAUGUGCUUUUCGAUUAAAACCAAAAUAAUCAUACGCUAAAUAUUGAUGCCGCCAAAACGCGCAAUGAAAUUAUUAAAUCACAUUUGAAUAAAGAAAGUGACUAAUUAGGGUAGAUAUGUCAUCCUGGAAUCAGGUUCAUACAAGUAGAAAAAAAAAUUCUUUAGAAUUUCGAGCCUCCCUUAAUUUGAUUUUAAUUACAAAUUUUAUUUUCCUCUUGUUUUGCAAAUCUCGCAGUCGACAAAGUCGGUCUCUCAUUAUUUCGCACCUGACCAUUUUCAGGACGCUUUGAAUGUGUACUAAUAAUAAUGAUAAAAUGAUGAGCAAAACAGAAAAAUUACUAACCGGAAAAGUAGCCAAUAAAACAGCGACGGAAUGUGUUCUCGCGCAGCUGUAUCAAAAGACAAAUCAGUGUGUGUCGUAAUCGUGUCUUCUGUGUGGAUUGUUAAUUCAAUUCGAUGUGCUUCUGACGAACUUCAAUGUGAGACAUUCUUCAAUGUGAUCACUGUUUUCUGUCGAAACAGUCGCGGUUUUGCUCGCUCUCUGCUAACACCCUCCUAUUUCUCUACUCGCGCGGAAUAUACAAUUAUUUUGAUUGCCUCCCGACGACUAAUAAAAAAUAUAGAAAAGCCCUAUUUUAAAAACGGUUUACGUAGAUCAAUGAAAAAUCUCGCACAAAUAGCCAAUCAUUGUUGAAGUUGAUUAUUUCUCGUUGUGUUUGGGGCUGAGCAAUAAUAAUGACAAAACUCUCCCGACAAAAGAAUCAAAAUUUAUGCAAGUUUCAGUUUUCAGCUGGCCCUGAACUUGAAAAGAAUUGCGAAAAGCUGACAAAUCCUUUUAAAACAAAUUUGGAAUUGCCAAAAGCUCUCGGAAAACUCUUAGCUGCAUAUUCUCAUACGUACGGAAACGAAUUCUCUCAAUAAAUUAUUUUGUGAUUUUGUACUUUGCAAACGCCGGCGGCGGACGCCACAAUGUAAUAAUGUUGUAUUUCUUGUGACUGAUAUAUUAUAUUAUUGCGCUACAAAACUACCCAUAUCUUCGGUGAAACAUCUCAUAUUCUUCCUGAGCUUAAAAAAAACGAAUGCUGUCAUUGCUGUCUGACUUGUGAGCAAAAAGACGAAAACGAAAUUUCUCGCCGCGCGCUGAUUUUCUCUGUGACGAUUAACCUUCUCCCAACAAACGUGCCGAAUUUCGCAAAGAAGGCAAAACUGACCAAAAAGAAAAAAAAAGGUUUUUUGUACACCUACACAUAUAUAUUAUAAUGUGAGACCAACACAAAUUAAUAUUUUCUAUCCCUUAAAAGUCUUGAGGCAAAAUACAUAUGAUUCGCAAAACGGAUGACCUAAUUAAUCAAACUUGUGCUGAAUUCCCGGGCCUAACUUCAAGACUUUUCGCCAAAAUCGUAUAAAACUUAAAAAAGAAAGCAGUUGUGAAAAAAGACAAAAUAGAAGAGAACGUGUUUAAAUGUUACGUAGUUGUUGUUGUUCCUGGUUGAACCCAAUUGGCGCUCGGUGCUUAUUAUUUAAUUAUAAAUGAAUCGCGACGGGCCUAACAAGGAGCGGCGGCGUAAAUUAGGACGAAAAUGUCUAAAAAUUAAAAUUAACUGCUCCCUCAACAAUAACUAUUGAAAUAAAAUCAGUGUUGAUAAAUGUUUGUAUUGAUAAAAGAUGAAGAAGAAUUAAACGCGCGUCGGACUUUGAUUUGCUGGCCAAAAAUAAAGUUUAUUUAGAGUUAAAAUUGUGCACUCGCUCA